AUGGAAUUCAAAAACAACGAGGUCGAGACGAAAUACUAUGAUGUCGAUGAAGAUAAUAGUAUACUGUCAGUAAAAAUACCUCAGGAUACGGUCUUCAAUUGGACCGGAGAAAAAAUCCGUGGGCUCUCUUUGUUCAUUUGCCUCGAUAUUUCGGGAACGCAAUUCGACAGUGCCUUCUAUUCAAUAAUCACUAAUUUGAGGGAGGUUAAGAACGAAAAUCUGGCCAUCAUUUUCUUCACGGAUGGCCAAAAUUACGGAGGCGACCUCGAGAAGGGUAAAGAGAAUUUGGCAACCGCGUUGGCGGAAGCCCCGUUUAAUACUGAAGUUCAUAGCAUUGGGUUCACCGCGGACCACGAUGCCGCUCUCCUCUCAUGGUUGACUAAAUGCGGUAAAAAGGAAGGUAACUUCCAAUACGUGAAAUCAUCCAUUGACAUUGCCGAAACCAUGAAAACCACUUUAGAAUUAUUGGAGAUGAGUGAGAAGACCUUCUACAUCCAGAUUGGUGAUCGAAAUCCAAUUCCGGUCAACUUUGACGAGCAAGGAUUCGGGAAUGUAACUCUUACCGGCGACUCGAACAAAAUCGACGGACAAAAGGUCACUGUUAUAAAGAGCAUCGAAGAUGAAUUGCCGGAUAAAUACGAACUCUCCGCACCGCGAAAAAUUCCCGAGGGUGGACCGGAAUCGGCGUUAAUGGUUAUUCCCUUUGUUCAAAUCGAUAUCACGAGGUUAUCAAAUGAAAUGAUUAAUGAUAAAAGGGACCAAGAGGCCAGGCGGCAGAAGAUUAACGAAAUUUCGGAAUUGGUAAACAAAUAUGAUGAAAAGAUAAAUCUCAUUUUGCAGAAUGCUUUUCAUACCAGGUCAGCUGAUCGAAAAGACAUCAUUCAAAAGUGUAUGUCAGUCAAACAUACGAUUCACCAGUUCAAGUCUGUCAUGUCGGAAGCAUUAAAGGGCACCCUGACAAAUGACAAGAUUGCAAGUUUCAAUGAUAUAGCCUACAAGAAUAUCACCAAGCAAAGACUAAAAAGUAGGCUCGAUGAUCGUGCGGUCAAAAAUAUUGAUAAGAUGGAGGAAGUGGAAAAGAAGAUUAAAGAGGUCGUUGAUUCCUUAGAUUUUGACCAACUUGAAAGUGAAGAGACUGAAGAAAAUCUUCGGACCCUGUCUUGCAUGAUCACCACCGAUAAUUACAUCGAGGCAAUGAAAGAGGGCGAAUGUAUUUGUUUGACCCUCGACGUUUCGAGGUCACAAGUAGCCAUCGCGGAUCCUUCGCAAAUUAAAGUUAAAAAAAUCAAUCAAACCUUUAUGAGCUCUGGCGCGUUCUUGGAUUCGGUUAAGUUUGCGUUAGGAGAAAAUGCACCCGAGGAGGUACACGGGGGAUUUCAGUAUAGCCUUUUCGGACAAAGUGCAAUCCAGGGCAUGGCGCGUGAAAAUAUUACGGGCGUCCUUCCCUUAUACAUAAAUGAAAGACACUGGUCCAUUGCGAGAGAGAAGAUGAAGCCAAUAAUGGGAUACGUGACAACCCUCGACAUUUUUGGGUACACAUACUCCCAAAUUACGACGGUACCUUUCUUGGUCCUCGCCAAAGCAUUUUCCGAUACGUCAUCAGAGUUCUGUCGACGCCAGAUCAAAUUGAUCAUAGAUACUUGCGAUGCAAUCUAUAGAGAGUCCAAAUACCUCAGAGUAGAUAAUAAACAGUCAUUCGAGAAGUACCUGGAAUCCCCAUUGAAUCGCACAAUCGAUGUUAUUCCCAACAACCUGGUCUAUCUUGGUCACCUACUGUGCGCAUUAAGAUGUGGCGAUGUCACUUCGCAAGAGUUGGAAGGGUGGUUGAAAGGUGGAUUGAUCAAAUAUUUGAUAGAGGAAGAGAUACGUAGAAGGUUGAAUAAGUUCACCACCAUUGAGUCAGGAAUGAAUGAUGUAGCUAGUAUUUUAGGAAUUGACAAGAAGGAGUACAUCGAAGAUCCGGUAAAUCAGCUCAAAGCCGAGUAUGAGGAGUAUAUCAGGGGGAUGAUGGAUGCCGACAAGAAUUCCAAAAUUCGUUAUACCACCGCGAUCAGGAGAGCUUUGGCAGCUGCGGGUGCGGAUUACGAUGUUAAGGAUCCGGGUCAGAUUAAACAGGACUCUGGAAACGUGGCAGAAGCUCCCACCAUUAGAGCAAAACUAUGGAAUCCAGAGACUCACCAAGUUCCAGAUUCACCGGUCAUAAAAGAGGUCCAAAACACAUUUGCAAAUGUUGUGGAAACCAUUCUAAGAUUUAACAAGAUAUUCGAAUCCUUUAUCACCACUGGGUCUACAUUUGAGUCAUGUUUGGAAAAUUCCGAAUUUCAUUUCGCCAAGGAUCAAACCUCAUUGACCACCUCCUUCUUCAGUCAAUAUUCUCCUAAGGUUCGAGUGGCCACAUUGCUUCAGUCCUACAAGCAACGUCAGAAUUCCGAGCGUCGCGACGCCAUUCUAUGCGAGCCCAUCAGAUACCACGAACCAUUCUCCGAGGGGACAUCAGACAUCAUAAUAGAAACCUAUUUUAACGAGUACGUGGUUGCCAACUUGAAUGAUAGAUCCUCGGAACUAAUUAGAGCCUUCAAUGCUGAAAUGGAUGACGCGCUUUGUGUCAAGUUCUGGAAGUUGGAUGACGAGGAGCAAGCUGCAGGGCUCUUGUUGGAGGAUGUGAAGUUCAGGGGCCGCCGGUUUUUUGGAAAGGCGAUCAAAGCAUUACAAAGGGAAGGAUUGGCUCUGCCUAAAGAGAAGAUUUCGAUGGUUAUUCGAGGGAAGUGGAAUGGUAUCACCUUAUUUUCUGACAAGCCGAAUCAUCCCGAGGAUCUUGAACGGUUGGCAAGAUUUGUUAGUAACGAUGAAUGGCACCCCUCGAGGCGUACAACCUACCGUAUAAUUAGAGCUCAAAGAGGUCAGAUACCCGAUGUGAAGUGGUGGAUCGAUCUAUUGCCUAUGCACGCGAAAUAUCUGGAGCUUCAAUUUGAUGAUGAGUUGAUGAAAAAUCUAGCUAAAAAGAGAUACGAGGCCGCUCACGGAGUCACGAAAAAAUAA